GAUUUGUUUGUUGUUCUUCAGAUGUUGGGUGGCCUCCUGAAGCACGCGUCGCCGUCUUCGGGCUCAUCAGCUUCGUCGGCGUCGCCGGAGCAGAACAGCGACGUGCAGACUUCGCUGUCCGCCAUCCCCAGGGGCCACCUUCUGGUGGGCUCCAAAGACCAGCUCCGACUUUUGGCCCCUGUGGGCGGCCUGUCCAACCACUGCAAGGCCCCCGCUCUGGUGGUGGCGGCGGCGGCUCCACGGCCCCCCUCCUCCCUAAGUGAGGAGGACGAUGGUGGUGGCGGUGGCAGCAGGGUGAGGAAGAAACGUAAGAAGAAGGACAAACGAGAACGGGAGGAGGGCGGAGACCACGCCUCGGUUAAGAAGCGCAAGCAGGCCAAGGAGGCGCCUGUCACCACCGUACUUCCCAAUAAGAGGACGGAGCGCAGGAGCAAGGGGAGGGCGGAUGCCGCCCCAGACGCUCAAACUGAGCUCAAGCAGGCCACCAGGCGGAAAAAUACCUGUGCCCCCAACGCCCCCAUGCCCGUUCCUUCAGAGGUGCCCGUUAAGGUGCCCGGAAAACGAGGGAGGAAGCCCAAGAUCAAAAUCCUGCCUCCUCUUCCACCUCAUCAAGCCACACCACCUCCUGCCUCAGCCCUGCCUGUCAGGCCGCAAGCCUCGCUCCCCAAGAACCACAACCAAGCCGCCCUCAACCCCGGCCUCAACUCGGUGCCCAAGCAGAGGGGCCGCAAACCCAGAGAUCCUGGCGCCGCCCCGGUGGAGAGGAAGAAAAAGGCCAAGAGGAGAAAGCAGACGAUGGCGCUCCCCGAUGGGGCAGAGAGCGACGACACCACCUCAUUGUCCGUCAACACGGGCGGAGAGGACAGCCAGGACCCCCUGGACAACACGAAGCGGCGCUCGGGCCGUCAAGUGAAACGCAGGAAGUACAACGAGGAUUUGGACCUGAAGGUGGUGGACGACGAUGGGGAGACCAUCGCUGUUCUUGGAGCGGGACGCAUCGCGGCGCUCAAUGCUACGGCGCUGGCCUGGCAAGCCGAGGAGCCGCCCGAGGACGAGGCCAACAUCAUCGAGAAAAUCCUGUCGGUCCGACCAGUCAAGAAGGAGACAUCGUCUUCAUCAGAGGAGCAAGCCGAGGAGACGGAAGAGUUUUACGUUAAGUACCGAAACUUCUCCUACCUGCACUGCAAAUGGGCUACGCUUGGCGAACUGGAAAAAGAUCCCAGAAUUCACCAGAAGAUCAAGCGCUUCAGGACCAAGCGGGCGCAGAUGAAACACCUCUUCAGCGAGCCUGACGAAGAUUUAUUUAAUCCCGACUACGUGGAGGUGGACAGGGUGUUGGAGGUGGCCGUUACCACGGACACGGAGACUGGAGAGGAGGUGACGCACUACCUGGUGAAGUGGUGCAGCUUGUCUUACGAGGAGGCCACAUGGGAACUCCAGGAGGACUUGGACCCGGAGAAAAUCAAAGAGUUUGAGGAGAUUCAAAAGCUGCCGCCAGACCUGCGGCAUGUGGAGCGUCCUCCCCCGGACAAGUGGCAGAAGUUGGAGCGCUCACGAGAUUACCGCAAUGGAAACCAGCUGAGAGAGUACCAGCUGGAGGGCAUGAAUUGGUUGCUCUUCAACUGGUACAACAGGAAGAACUGCAUCCUGGCGGACGAGAUGGGCCUGGGCAAGACCAUCCAGUCCAUCACCUUCCUGUACGAGAUGUUCAGCAUGGGCAUCCGGGGGCCCUUUUUGAUCAUCGCGCCCCUCUCCACCAUCACCAACUGGGAGCGCGAGUUCCGCACAUGGACGCGCAUGAAUGUCAUCGUGUACCACGGCUCGCAGAUCAGCCGCCAGAUGAUCCUGCAGUAUGAGAUGUUUCAUCGCGAUGCUCAGGGCAACACGGCACCAAGUGUGCUGAAGUUCCACGGGCUGAUCACCACCUUCGAGAUGGUGAUGGCCGACUGCCCCGAGCUGAAGAAGCUGCAUUGGCGCUGCGUGGUCAUCGACGAGGCGCACCGCCUCAAGAACAGGAACUGCAAGCUGCUGGAGGGACUCAAACUCAUGAACUUGGAGCACAAGGUUCUGCUGACGGGAACGCCGUUGCAGAACUCAGUGGAGGAGUUGUUCAGCCUGCUCAACUUCCUGGAGCCGCUGCAGUUCCCCUCGGAGAGCGCCUUCCUUGAUGAGUUUGGGGACCUGAAAACCGAGGAGCAGGUGAAGAAGCUUCAGGCCAUCUUGAAGCCCAUGAUGCUAAGGAGGCUGAAGGAUGACGUGGAGAAGAACCUGGCCCCCAAAGAGGAGACCAUCAUUGAAGUGGAGCUGACCAACAUGCAGAAGAAGUACUACAGGGCCAUCCUGGAGAAGAAUUUCUCCUUCCUGUCCAAAGGAGCCAACCAGCACAACAUGCCCAACCUCAUUAACACGAUGAUGGAGCUGCGCAAGUGCUGCAACCAUCCUUACCUGAUCACCGGUGCCGAGGAGAAGAUCGUGGAGAGCUUCCGCAAGAGUCAUGGGGUGGACACGUGCGACCUGCAGCUGCAGGCCAUGAUCCAGGCGGCGGGCAAGCUGGUGCUCAUUGACAAGCUGCUGCCCAAACUGCUGAGCGGCGGACAUAAAGUCCUGGUCUUCUCCCAAAUGGUCCGCUGCCUCGACAUCCUCGAGGACUACCUCAUACAGAGGCGCUACACGUACGAGCGCAUCGACGGGCGCGUCCGCGGGAACCUGCGUCAGGCGGCCAUCGACCGCUUCUGCAAGCCGGACUCGGACCGCUUUGUCUUCCUGCUGUGCACGAGGGCGGGCGGUCUGGGCAUCAACCUGACGGCCGCCGACACCUGCAUCAUCUUCGACUCGGACUGGAACCCGCAGAAUGACCUGCAGGCUCAGGCGCGCUGCCACCGCAUCGGCCAGAGCAAAGCCGUCAAAGUGUACCGCCUCAUCACCAGGAACUCGUAUGAACGGGAGAUGUUCGACAAGGCCAGCCUCAAGCUGGGCCUGGACAAGGCCGUCCUCCAGGACAUCAACCGCAAGGGCGGCCUCAAUGGGGUGCAGCAGCUGUCCAAGCUGGAGCUGGAAGACUUGCUGAAGAAGGGCGCCUAUGGCGCUCUGAUGGACGAAGAGGACGAAGGCUCCAAGUUCUGCGAGGAAGACAUUGACCAGAUCCUGCAGAGACGCACGCAGACCAUCACCAUCCAGACUGAGGGCAAAGGGUCCACAUUUGCCAAGGCCAGCUUUAUCUCCUCGGGCAACCGCACCGACAUAUCUCUGGACGACCCCAACUUCUGGCAGAAAUGGGCCAAGAUCGCCGAAGUGGAGAUUGACUCCAAAUCGGAGAAGGAGUCGCUGGUGAUCGACACGCCCCGUGUUCGCAAGCAGACGCGACACUACAACUCCUUCGAGGACGAUGAGCUGAUGGAGUUCUCGGAGCUGGACAGCGACUCGGAGGAGAAGCCGUGCCGCACCCGACGCCUGGGAGAGCGCACUCGCCGCUACCUGCGCGCCGAGUGCUUCCGCGUGGAGAAGAACCUGCUCAUCUUUGGGUGGGGCCGCUGGAAGGACAUCCUCAACCAUGGUCGCUUCAAGUGGCACCUGACCGAGAGAGACAUGGAGGCCAUUUGCAGGGCUUUGCUGGUUUAUUGCCUGAAGCACUACAAAGGUGACGAUAAGAUCAAGAGCUUCAUCUGGGACCUGAUCUCCCCCAGUAAGGAGGGACAGGACCAGGACCAGGAGCUGCUCAAUCACUCCGGUCUGUCCGCUCCGGUUCCUCGCGGACGCAAGGGCAACAAAAUCAAGAGUCCAUUGAGUGUUCCUGAGCUGAAGAAUGCCGACUGGCUGGCCCACUGCAACCCUGAAGUCGUUCUGCAGGACGACAGCUACAAGAAACACCUCAAACAACACUGCAACAAGGUUCUGUUGAGGGUGAGGAUGUUGUACUACCUGAAGGUGGAGGUUCUGGGUGAAGCAGCCAAUCAGGCUCUGGAAGGCACGGCUGCCAGCAAACUGGACGUGUCACUGCCCGACAUCGACUACAUCGAGAUUCCGGCGUCGUGGUGGGACGCAGAGGCGGACAAGUCUCUGCUUGUAGGCGUCCACAAGCACGGCUACGAGCGCUACAACGCCAUGCGCGCCGACGCCGACUUGUGCUUCCUGGAGAGGGUCGGCAUGCCCGACGUCACCGCGCUCUCGGCCGAGCAGGGAUCAGGAGAGGCGGCCGCAGAUGUCACCGACAGCGUUGCAAAAGCGGAAGACGUCAGCGAGAGCACAAACAGUAAAAGUGAAGGAGAUGACCGAGACGACAACAGCAAGGGAGAGGAGAGCUGCUUGAGCACCGACGCAUCCGACAAACCGGACAAUGGCGCUGCGUCAGACUCGCACGUGUCGGCGGCCGACCUGUGCGCCCAGGACGCCACGCUGGUGACAACCACGUUCGGCGCGGGGUCAGGAAGCGGCACGGGCGUGGCGGCCCUGCACGUGGUCCACGCACGUCCCCUUUGGCCCGCCGGCCCGGCACUGACGGCCCGCCUGCGCCGCCUCAUCACCGCCUAUCAGCGCUUCACGCUGCGCCGCGAGCCCAUUCUGCGCCCCGAUUUCCUGCUUCACGACAGCCUGGCGGGUCUUGGAGUGGCGGGCGGCGGCGGGACAGGCGCCGCCCCUCUCGGGCACCAUGUUGGGGGAGCGCUGGCCUGGCAGCUGGGCGAGGAGUUGAGGCGCUGCACCGCCAGCCAUGCCGAAUCGGACGCCGUUUUUCUGGAGUGGCAGAGAAGAUGGAGCCGGCGCGAACAGAUGGACUUCUACCGCACGGUGUCGUCCUUUGGCGUGGCCUUCGAUCCUGAGAGGAAAGCCUUCGACUGGUCGCAGUUUCGCGUACUGGCGCGACUAGAGCGGAAGACGGAUGACAGCCUGGAAAGAUACUUCAACUCCUUCGUGAGCAUGUGCCGCGCCGCCUGCAAGCUGCCGCCCAGGAAGGAAGAAGGUUUGACAGACACCGCCAUUCCGGUGGAGCCUCUGACGGAAGAGCGAGCUGCUCGGACCUUGUACCGCAUCGAGCUCCUCCGCAAGAUCCGCGAGCAGGUCCUCCGCCACCCGCUGCUGUCGGCCCGCCUGCAGCUCUGCCGCCCGUCACUCUACCUCCCUGUGUGGUGGGAGUCGGGAAAGCACGACCGUGACCUCCUGGUGGGGGCGGCGAGACACGGCUUGAGUCGAACCGACUUCUAUAUACUCAACGACCCGCAGCUCAGCUUCCUUGAGGCCCACCGCAACUACGUGAGGGGACACCACGCCUCGCAUCUUCACAGGCUGCCGCCCCCCCACUAUUGCCUGUACGACGGCCCCCAACCUCCAGAAUACCCCCAGCAGCCCUCCCAGCAGGCCGCACCUCCUUCGGCUCCCUCCUCUUCGUCCUCGUCCUCUUCCUCCUCUCACCUCCACGCUCCACCUCCGCCCCCGCUGGAUGAAGCGACCUCUCCGGGCCUGGGAAUGGUUUCCGCCUCUCGGGGAGACUUCCUGGACUGCCCCCCGCUGGAAGAGAGCCUGGCCGACCUGGACCCCAUGUCUGCGGAGGCGCUGAAUGGGGGCAAGGCCUCUAAGGACACCCUGAAUGGCUUCCCUUUCAACUCGGCGGCCGGCGGUCAGAGCAUGCUCAACUCGUAUGGCCGACUGGGGGGCGCCGACCUCCGCUCUGAGCUGAGGAGCGACGUGCUGGUGGGCGAGCAGGGAUCGUCUGAGGAGACCGGGCUGUUGCCGCCGUCCAUGGAGCUGGAUCAGCUGCAGGCGCCCUGGGACGGCGCCGACCACUCCAGCCCCGCUCACCACAUGUUCAACGAGUCCGACCCGAUCCUGGGUCCGACCGGAUUCCUGGAGGAAGAGGACGAGGAGGCUCCACGGGGCGACGGCGGCAGCGGGGACGGAACACUGGAGGAGUGUCUGGGUCUCCCUCCCUCGUCUUCGCCCUCUCACCCCUCGGCCGCAGUCUCUGUGGAAUCGUCCAGCUUCAUGCUCUUCAAGGACAUCGCCGUGAGCGAAGAAGCCGGCGUGGACCAAAGCGACCUGGCGGCGAGCCCCCUGCCCCCCUACAUUCCCCCACACCCUCCGCUCUCUCCCCCCGAUAUCACGGGCCACCAGGAGGAUGUCAAAAGUCAGAAUGUGUGCGGAGGCGGAGACGGCUUCAAGUUUGACGCCAAGGGUCAAGACGUGAGCAUGGAAAAAGACGCCAUUCUACUUGAGGACCGAUGUGAUGCGCAUGAAGCUGUUCUUCCAGGUCUGCGUUUGCCUUUGGACUUGGCACACAUUGGCGCCGGCGAGCCCCCGUCGUCAGCACUGAGGGACCCGGAGGACGGCAUGGAGGUCCCAAACCAGCUGUGUCCGGACCUCAUGUGUCCCAUGGAGGAGGUGGACAACUUGAUGUUUGCGGAGGAAGAGGAGGAGGACGACGAGGAGCGGACCGGCGUGGCUGAGUUGAUGGCCGAGGCUCCCGGAGAGCUUCUCCAAGGCGACGGACAUCACGAAGAGCCCGUUAAUGACCGGAUGGUGGACCACUUCUGUCUUGUGAACGGCACCGCAGCGGACCGCCAGGACGAGCCGGUGGGCCUGCCCUUGGAGGAGAAACCGGAUCCCCGGAUCAAGACCGAAGACAGAGACCCUGAGGCUAGCUUCGUCAAGUCCGAAGAUGUUACCUCCGAAUCGGAUAAAGCCGAUUCCAAAUGUGAAUCUGUUGAGACGGAGGCCCGCCCCUUUAAACGGGAAAUUCUCCGAACCACGGCCGAGGAAACCAAGCCAGACAGUCUGGACUUGAGUGGCGUCAAGAUGGAGAGCGGGCGGGACUUUUUGGAGGCCAAGACGGAGCAGGUGGGCCUCACUGUAGAACUCAGUGGUCAGCCCAAGGAUGAGGACACAUCCUCCUCGCCAGUGGCGGCUGUGGAGGACUAUUCUGGAAGUCCCGGCUUCACGGCUCCCUUUUCCGUGGGUGAGCCUCCCGAAAUCCACGAUGCCCGGGAGCCCACCAUUGCUCAGCUGCUCCAGGAGAAAGCACUUUACUCCUACUCUGACUGGCCCAAGGACCGCGUGAUCAUCAAUCGUCUGGACAGCAUCUGCCACGCCAUCCUGAAGGGGAAAUGGCCUUCGGCCAGCGACCAGUAUGACUUGCCAGCCUCCGUCAGCGCCAACCACUUGGCCCAGCAACACCUCCAGCGGACCGCUUUCAUCCCCGGUACCGCCUCCUGCACCACCUCAUCCUCCUCUUCUUCUUCCUCCUCGUGCUCGUCCUCCUCUGGCCAGGCCAGGAUCCAGCAGGCCAAUCCGGGCCUGGCCUUCCCCAUCAUUCCACCUCCUCUCACCAGGCUGCCCAAGGAGAGACUGGUGGCACCCGCCUUCCUCCCCGAACUCAAACGCGCCGCAGGACGGCGCUCCUUUGACUAUGAAGCGGCGGCAGUGGCGGCCGCGAAGGCCUUAGCGGGGAAGGCGGUGACAGUGCCGUCUUCAGGCAGGACCCCCGGUGGGGACGCAUCGGCCAACCAGCGGGCCGGUGCCCUGUUGAUGAACGGUUGGCAGGAGGCGGCCAUGGAUCUCAGCAAAUCGCCGGGCGACUCGGUCGCGUCUGGGUCAGGGGACGCUCCCCGCAAGCCGCCCCCGCCGCCGCCCAUUACGGCGCCCCUGGCGGGCUCUCCGGGAAUGGACAUGGCAGGAAUCCUGCAGGCUGGACUCAUCCACCCCGUGACUGGACAAAUUGUUAACGGGAGUCUGAGGGGAGACGAUUGCCUGAGGAGGAGACGGGGCCGAAGGAGAAACGUCGAGGCCCUCUACUCGGAAUUCACCAAAGCUCAAGCCAUGCACCUCCCUGACACAGCACAGGGUGGCGUGGAGGCUCUGAGCCAGUCGUCGGUGUCGUCCUCCACGUCGUCUCCGUCUCCCUCGUCCUCGGAGCGUCCGGUGGCACCACCUGCGCCCUCGUCCGCGCCCGCGUCGGCGCCCACGCCGCCCCACCCGGAGGUGGCGGCCAUGGAGCGGGAGGUGGCCGCCAGCAAAGGUUUGAUGGAGUGGCUGCGGCAUAAACCGGGAUACAGCUUGGACCUACCUUUUGCUCACGUCGGCGCGGGCGUGUUGCACGGUUUGGUGGAGCGGCCCAAGCAGCGGCGCCAUCGCUGCAAAGAUCCCACCAAGCUGGACGUCAACUCCUUGACAGGAGAGGAGCGCGUGCCCGUCGUGCACCGCGGCACGGGACGCCGGCUGGGUGGUGCUAUGGCUCCAGCCAUCAAGGAGCUGUCCCGCUGGUUGGACGCCAACUCGGAGUACUUUGUGGCUCCAGACUGGGCGGACGUGGUCAAACAUUCCGGCUUCCUCCCGGAGGGCAAGUUCUCCCGCAUCCUGACGGAACCGGUCAACAGAGACCCUUCGUCGCGCCGCCGCGGCCGCCGCCCUCGCAGCGAGAUGCCCAAGCCCCUCCUGUCGGACGCCUCGGGCCUCCCGGCGCCCAUCUUCAUGAACGGCACCCUGAUGGGCGGCGUCGAUUCCAUGGUGGCCAUGCAGAACCUGCGCGGCGGAAUGCCCGGCAUCCCCAUCUCCGGCAUCAUGGCGGCGGGUUUCCCUCACGUUUUCCCGGCGGGCGUCGGCGGGACCUCGGCAGAGGACGGCAAGAACGGCUUGAGUAUGUUACCCAUGAUGCUGCACGGCAUGCCGCCGCCCCCCCACGGGGCC